UCUGUUCGGACUCGUGCGGGAGGAGAAACUGAUCACAGUUGUCAUCUUCGUGUUUUUUACUUCCUGGAACUCAGCGCGGCGUGUCGAGCUCAACUCCGUCUCAGCCGACCUGUGACUGUGAGGAAGUGUCUCACUUGUCGCUCAGCCGCGAGUGAAAGCGAUCAUUUGCGUGAUCAACUUCUUCUAGGUUUCAUCACCAAGGAGCCAUCACACAGCCUUUAAACACGAGUGAAGUCUGUCACAUUUGGAGAAGAGCUUCAUCUGCAGCAGCAGCAGCAUGUCCCAGUGAUGUGCGUUGUUGGCAUCAUCUCAGCCCCUCGAGGAGUUCAUGGGAAAAAGGCGCUGAGGGGAAGGACCUGAGGGGAGAGGACAGCAGAGGAGCUUUCCACCAGGGGAGAAUGGAGACUGCUGUGUCCUGCGCGUGGAGAUGAUCUGAAGUUAGAUAAGUCAGUUGAAGCUGAGCAGGUGUGAGGGAGUUGCCGCAGCUGUCGGGACGUUUCCCGAAGUGUCGGAGGUGAGGAGGCUGAGGUCAGCGGCUGUCAGGCCGCAGCUAUGGUCGUUGAGGCGAGGUUUCAUCCUUCCUCAUCAGUGACCUCUCCGUUUGUCUCACCAUGCCGGACGACCCCACUUCCUUUGUCAUUUACAUCGUCCUGGAGCUGCUGAUUGCUGUGUUCUCCGUGCUGGGCAAUGUGCUGGUCUGCUGGGCCGUGUGCCUCAACAGCAACCUGCAGAGCAUCACCAACUUCUUCGUGGUGUCGCUGGCGGUGGCCGACAUCGCCGUGGGCGUCCUGGCCAUUCCCUUCUCCAUCAUCAUCAGCACCGGCUUCUGCUCCAACUUCUAUGGCUGCCUGUUCAUCGCCUGCUUCGUGCUGGUCCUCACCCAGAGCUCCAUCUUCAGCCUGCUGGCCAUCGCUAUAGACCGCUACAUCGCAAUCAAGUUACCGCUCAGGUACAACAGCUUGGUGACAGGUCAGCGAGCGCAAGGCAUCAUCGCCAUCUGCUGGGUUCUGUCCAUCAUCAUCGGUCUGACCCCCAUGAUGGGCUGGCACAAGCUGCCCAACUACACCAACAGCACCAGCGGGCCACCCUGCCCACCCGGCCUGAUGAGGUGCCUGUUCGAGCAAGUGGUGGUCAUGGAGUACAUGGUCUACUUCAACUUUUUCGCUUGCGUGCUGAUCCCCCUGCUGCUGAUGCUGGCCAUCUACCUGUGCAUCUUCAUGGCCGCGCGCCACCAGCUCAAGCUGAUGGAGGUGAAAGCGCUUCACGGAGAGAAGUCGCGCUCCACGCUGCAGAAAGAGGUCCAAGCUGCCAAGUCUCUGGCCAUCAUUGUGGGGCUGUUUGCGGUCUGCUGGCUGCCGCUGCACAUCAUCAACUGCUUCACCCUCUUCUGUCCCGAGUGUAAGCGUCCUCCACCCUGGAUCAUGUAUGUGGCCAUCAUUCUUUCCCACGCCAACUCUGUCAUCAACCCCUUCAUCUACGCCUACCGGAUCCGGGAGUUUCGCCAAACCUUCCGGAGGAUUAUCCGGCGCCACAUCUUGAGCCGGCGGGAGCCGUUAGAGAGCAGCAGCAUGCGCACCUCCACCCACAACAGCAUCACUGACUCCAUCAGACUGAAGGCAAACGGCCUCAGCUUUGACGUUUUCAGUGAGCACAGCAGCAGCAGCUGUGAAAGCUCCUACCACUGCCCGACUCGUAUCUCUCCUGUAGGGAGCGGUGUGGUGGCAUUAUCCCACCCCCCUCUGUCAGUCGUCAUCUCCCACUGUCCUGUCCCCUGUCCACUGCAAGCCCUCAGGCAGACUCAGAUCCAUAUAGGUCAUCACCUGCAGUACGCGGAGCAGCAGCAUGACUGCACCGGACCAGAAGUCACGGAGGACAAACAGAACCACAGCUCUGCCCAGGUCACAUCGCUGUUCAACAAGCAGAGCAGGAAGAAUUGCCUUAGUGAGGUGGCCAUGAUGACUUGACCUAUGAACAGGAGGGAAUACUCGCUAUGCAGGAAGAAAUCAAUGUCACCUCAGCUGCAACUCUCAAAGGAAUCGAGACGAGUCCUGAUCCACAAUGGAAAUUAAAUGGGAGCACUCUAGUUAGUGACUUCCAAAUUUAAACCAGACUGAAAGGCUGAAACCACUGCUAGUAGGACAAAUAGCGUGAGCUGCUUCUUAAAGGCAAAGUUCACCCAAAAAUGACAUUCAGUCAUUAUCUAAUCAGGCCCAUGCUGAUGGAAAGUCAGGUGAAGUUUUGUAGUACACGAAACAUUUCUGGAGCUUCCCAGCAAAACAGUGGUGCAGCAUUAUCGUAAACAACUGAAGUGAAAUGUGAAAUGUGAAAAGAAGCAAUCAAAGAAGUCCCUGGAAGCCCCGUGAUCCCAAAGUAAUUUGAAAAAAACUUGGAGGUGCAGUCGAGCUUGUGCACCCACUUAAUGGAGUGCACACUAAUGUUUUUAGCAGCUACAGUGAAUAUUUUGACUAAGAAAAGGAUGUAAAUGACAUCUUAUCAAAGCAAUUCGGAAUUUUCCAGGAACUUGGAUUAUGAGCUGUACGGACCUAUUUUUUAAAAAAGUUUUAAAAUGAUCUACUUUAGUUGUUUAGGAGAAUGAUGCUAUUUGUUGUGAGGCUCCUGAGAGGUUGAUUGACUUUUUCAUCCGCAUAAAUGGAGGGUUUAUAAUGAACACCUUCUUUCUUUUUUGGUGAACUAUUCCUUUAACACAUGACCAAGAGUGGUUCAAAUCGACUGAGCGACUGCCAGUUCUCGUUAUUAAGGUGCCGGUGCUUGUGGCAUCAGUUUCAACGAAAAAAGAGAACAAGAUGCUUUUACUUGCUCUUUGCAGACAGAGUUCAAUCCAAAUCACUCUUACCAGUAAAAUAUGGGACUGGACAGAGUGGAAAAGGCAUUGAUUAUUGCCUUUACAGGAUAUUUCUCCUAAUUUAACUGUAUUUAAACAAUACGACAAACUGUGAGAGUAAAUUCCAUCCUGCCACUCCUGGUGUGAGCAGGGCUUUGGCUGAAUACUUAUGAAUUAAAUUAUUGAAACAUUUUUCAGGGAUAUGGACGUAAACACACUCUAAUGGAUUUCAGCUUUUGCCACUAUGAAGGAUCCUGCACAGAGGAUUGUGUGUGACACAAUUGUGCACCAUCAUUUGCACUAUUUUUAGAUUCGCCACAUCCUGAGGACCUGCGAGGUGCACAGACCGUGAUGCCAACCUGCUUAGCAAAGUUCCCGCUCAUGUGCUUAAAGAUAAAUGUUUUUUACACAGAGAUGUGUGUGCCUUUUGAUUUCGAUCAUCGCUAAAAAACAUUUGUGUCUGUGAUGUUUCAUGCAGCAGAGGACUGAAAGUUGGUGAUGCAAUGCUGAAAUGUACCCUUGUAUUUUUAUUUGCUGUGUGAGACGAUGUGACUUGACUAUAUGCUUAUUUAAGUGAUAUCAAUGCAAACUUUUGAGAUAGUUUGAUGUGGAUGGGAGAUGUUCUGAAGAAAAUUGUGAACGAUAACAUUUCAGAUUCAUGGAGGAAGUCUGUGAAGUUCAGUGCAGCUAUCGCCUUCUGUGAUCUCACAUGCAGGCUUGCACAAAGAUCUGUCUUUAAAUAAACCUUUUAACUGUG